UUCUGAAUGAAACGGUUCCAAGGCACUGAGGAAGGUCAGAUCCUCUGUGGGGCCGUGGGCACAAAGGGUCUGUGACGGGCAGAACACUGCCCCGGGUUCCGAGCCAUCCCGCACGUCCCUCCAGCCCUCCCUGCUCACAGGUCACCUGCCAGCGGCCCGGGAGCGGCCCCCAGGGCGGAUGGACGAGCGCUCCUGCGGCAGCCCCGGCCAGCCUGCCCCCCACACCUGCUCCGCCAGCUAGUCCAGAUGGGGACCCAGGGGCCAUCGGGUCUCCUCGGCUGGGAAGGCCAGCUAAGGGCCGUCUCUAGACCGUUCCCUGAAAGUGAACAUUGGGGUUCCUUGUGUGCUCGCAGCCGGGGCGCAGGGGCGCACGAGCACCGGGCUCCGGGCCCCACACCGACCGGCUCUGGCCACUGGCCGCUGACAAAACCCCCAGGCAGAGCGGCAGUGGUGGUGACGCAGGACGGGAGCUUGUCGGGGAGCCGACCCCAGGCAGACAGCAGCCUCGCGUCUCCGUCUCCAAAGCGCUGGAAACACGGCAGCUUUCUCUGAGGACACAUGGGCCAGAGGCUGGUGGCGCGGGCAGGUCCAAGUACUGUACUGCCACCAAAUUUAAGAAUUUUGGACGACGAUGUGGCUGGAGUAUUUGAUGAAAUUCUAGUCCAAGAGAUCUUGGAUCCAAGCAAUUCAUCACUGCUUGUAACACAAAGGCUACUAUCAAAAUCAAGAGCUUUGAAGAAAGAAAAUACCCACACUGAAAAGGAGUUUAAGACGGGUAUGAAUAAGAAGUAUCAUGAAAAGGAAUUAUCUUCUGAGAAUGAAGACGCGUCUUCCCUGAAUGAAGAGGAGGAAGAAACAUUUUAUCAGAUUAAAAGCCUAGCAGCUCUGGAAAAAAUCAUUUACAGCCUCCGAAGAGCUUUAGGCAAAACUCUCCAGCAAAAAAUAAAGAAGCACAAACAUUUGUUUAGAGGAGCCAAAAACCACAAGGGGAGACAGAGACUGAACUGAGAAGCCAAGACUGCCUGAGGGGACAUCCACUCAUUCCCACCAGUGGGAAGAAUAAAAUAGAACCACUAUUUUGUAUAAGGAAAAAUCACUUUAUUCAAGUAGUGCCAAAUAAAAUGAACAUACUUAAAUAUUA